AUGUCUACUAUGAACGACCCGUCUCUCGACACUUGCGAUCACCCCAACUCCGACACCGACUCUAUCCAUAGUGACGGCACCGAGUCCAGUCUUCCCAACUCUGACGCAACGCAGACGUCCACCAACCCGCCUGGGACGCCGCCGAACGCAGCUCAGCAGCUCCCGGAUGUCGCCAUUCGGUCGCCGGGCAACUCAUUCAGGGAGAACGAUCGAAUCACCGGGCCCCACACCCGACUCCUCGCAGGCGAAACUCCCCUCGACGACAUGGUGAUUUCGGCGACGACCUUUGACGACUUACCACAGCAGUUCCUAGGAGCACUGCAGGCUGGAUCUGCCCACGAUGGGUGUGAUCGCAAGCUUUCAACCCGUCUCCUUGGGUACCUCUUGCAGCUGAAGCGCGGGUGGACUCAUGCUUGCGGGCGUGGGUUUGUCACCCAGGAUAUUCACGGCGCCGAUGAGAAACAGUACCACAUACUGCAGAAUUUUGUGGUUAAUGCAUGGAACAACAAGAUAGUCUCCUCCGAUGCAGCCUCGAAGAGCUGGGUUGCCUUCGUGCGGUGCAUUCGCGUCGACUUCUGGUCCGCUGAGCGCAAGAUUGUGCUCAUUGCACCAACACUCGAGGAAGACCUUACCAACGACAUCGCCAGCUACAUGGCUCUCGUUCUGCGAGAGAGCGAGCCCGACUCCUUUCGAUCGACCAUCGCCGCCGUGGAAAACAGCAUCAUCGAGACAAACACCCUGAAGACCGUGCUUAAGUGCAGUGCCGUGCAUACUGAUGCUGCGGUCAAUAAUGAAGACUGCGACGAGAGCAAGGUCUCUAGGACCGGGCUCCCGAGUGUACUUGGUCCCCUGAUCUUCUUCUGCUCGGUGGCGCAGACAGCAGAAGAAUUCGUAUACCAGACUAGCAAGAUCGCGGAGCUCGUAAACAGCCAGCCGCUGCUGCAGGGCUUUCUGCACGCUCUCAUCGGGCCGCCUCAGGCGACCUCGUCUACUUCCACCGAUUACGAACGCGGUGUGGGCGAACGCGGUGUGGGCGAGCGCAUCGAGUGUCGCGUUCUUUUGUACAACCGCGACGGCUUCCCGGAGUUCCUCAAUCGCGCUGACAGAGCAAAGACCCUCACCGACUGGGAUGACGACGAGCAUCACAUGUGGGUGAAGACCACCCGCGGCCGCGAGCCCGCCACCGUCCCCUCGCACGGCUGGGGCAAGUUCGUCGACCACCUGGAAUCCAUCCGCCUCUCCUACGCCAAGGUCGCCAUCGGAGCCCGCCGUGCCCUCCCGACUCUUCGGAUCGAGUCUUUCCUAGCGAACGAGUGCUAUGGAGAGGAGACGGGCACAUCUGCAGAGCGCGUGGCGAAGGACAUCGGCAUGCGCCUUGCUAUCGCUGUCACGCGCGUUGUGCCGCGGAUGCACAGCGCGUCGCCCGAGGAGAAGGAGAGGGCGAAGUACUGGAGGACCGCGCUGCCCAUGUACAUGGAGCGCGGUUUCAUCCGCAGCGAUCUCUUCGUCGCUAGCUGGCCUCGAGCGUUGGAGCCGUAUGUGGCAAUCUUGGACGAGAUCACAGCCCAGAGUGAGAUCCGAGAGGGCACUUCAAGUUCGACGGCAGUCGACUGUCCCUCGGACGCGACUCUCUACAGCACCGACCUGAUCGCACUCUCAGACUCGCCUCCACCUACCUCGCCGCCACCUACCUCGCCUCCACCUACGACCUCGAUGCCGGGCCCCGUGCACAACGGAGGCAAUAGCAGCGUCACAUCAUUAUUCGACAGGAAGUUUAGGGCGGCAGACGACUCGGUCGGUGGCGGUUAUUACAGCUGCGUCGGCGAGAUGCGUCGAGGAGAUGGGUUCAUCUCGGACUCCGAGUAUACGGUCGUAGUGGGCCAAUUAUGCAACGAGACCAUGCUCAGUCAGGAGUAUUGUCAGUCGCAGGGCAUGCCUGACUGUAUGAGAAAGCUCAAACGUGAAAAAGACACCGACCACGCACCCCUCCUAGGGUGGCUGAUCGGGUGCGCCGUCGAGAAGCAGGACACUCCGAGUCGCUCGAAGCCGCACGCCGAUAUCUUGAAGGCGUGGCGAGCCGCGAGAGCCCAAGACCCGCGCGAGCCUCGUCAAUGGGGAAAUUGGUACCAUCGUACCAAGGACCGCAACCAGGAGGAGGUAUUCCCGGUCGAUGAAUACCUCAUUGACCCCGCCUCCGCUCGACUCCAGACGGGACGUCUCUGCGCCACCGGCAUCUCGUUCGAAGACCGUCCGAUCUUCGGGCAAGUCACCACCGCCCUAGUCUUCGUACCCCCGGAAGACUAUAAUCUUGUCGACGACGCGGUAGCGUAUGGGUGGGACAGCAAGAAGAUAUUGGCGUCAUUCAAAACUAUGUAUAUACGUCGCGACAUGCGCGGCGCAGGCGUCCCUGAUAUGUGCGCCCAUCUCAAUACUCUCAUGGACCAAGCAUGGGUCCUUCUCCAUGCUCUCGACGAGUACGAGACUACCGCGCGAUGCGUCCUCGACAACAUGAGCCCGGGUGCAAAGCCCUACGUGCUCCGCGCAAAGCGGUACACCUCCGGACCGCUCCCGACGCCUUCUAACAUCACAGUCCCGGAUGACGCGAGAUUCACGGAACGCGAACUCACCGACUGGGCCGUGCGGUCGGCGCGAGCGAUUUGGCGGCAGAUGCAGGUUAUGUCGACGAUGCGCCUGGAAGCAUGGCUGGACGGGGUCUAA